AUUGCCGAGAGUGCUCGAGAGGGCUUCGCCAACGCGUUCCGCCGUCUUCGCAAAGAGGCGGAAGUAACCAAAGAAGGGCCGGAAGCAAUCGAAGAAGCACCGGAACUUUCCGAGCAUCGCGUGUACGCGUUCGCAGUUGGUUAGCAGUGCCAGUUGCCAUGGAGCCGGUCGGGCUCUGCGCCUUCUGCCCCGCCGCGGAGGCCCAGUCAGCGCGCUAUACCUGCCCGCGCUGUAAUGUCCCCUACUGCUCUCUGCGCUGCUACAGGGCGCAUGGCACCUGUGCCGAAGACUUCUACCGCGACCAGGUGCUGGGCGAGCUCCGCGGCCGCACCGCCUCGCCCAGCCGCCUGGCAAGCGCCCUACGCCGGCUGCGUCAGCAACGGGAGGCCGAGGACGAGCCCAAGGAAGCAGGCCUCAGCCCUGGCCCGCUGCCCGGCGGCCUCUCAGAACUCUGGGAGGGGCUGGCCCCGGCCGAGAAGGCGGCCUUCGAGCGGCUAUUGAGCUGCGGCGAGGCCGGGCGGCUGCUGCCGCCGUGGCAGCCGUGGUGGUGGGGCCGCGGAGCCGGGCCGCGGCUUUUGGAGGAGCUGGAUGACGCUCAGGACAAUCACGCCGUGGAGCUGGAGCCUACGUCUUCGAAAACCCCGCCGGAAGGCGCGAAGGAUGUCGCGGUAGCAGAGGAGGUUCUCGGAGAUGCCCCUGAGGCCGACGCGCCCUCCGUGCCCACCCGCAUCCCCGCGCUGGCCAGCCUGAGCCGCGGCCCGACCUCGCCCCUCGUCCGUUUCCAGCUACUCAACGUGCUGUUCGGCUACGCGCAUACUCUUUCCCUGUAUCACGGCGGUGAUGAUGCUCUCCUCUCCGACUUCUGUGCCACGCUGCUCGGCGUUUCCGGGGUCCUGGGCUCCCAGCAAGUCUUCGCCUCUGCGGAGGAAGCCCUGCAGGCCGCAGCCCAAGUGCUGGAAGCAGGCGAGCACCCGCCCGGGCCCCUGGGCACCCGGGGUGCCAUGCAGGAGACCUCCCGCAUCCUGCUGGGCGAGAGUCCGGCCAACCAGAAAGGCUACACGCUGGCAGCCCUGGGGCAUCUGGCGCAGACCCUGGGCCGGGCCCGGAAACGGGCCAUGGCUACCGAGGAGCGAGAUCGCCUCUACCGGGCCCGGAAAAAGUGCCAGUUCCUUCUGGCCUGGACCAACGAAAAUGAGGCGGCCCUCACACCCCUGGCUCUAGACUGCGCUAGAGCCUACCGAGUUCAUGCAGUGGCAGCCAAUGAGGUGGCAGCCCUCACUGGGGAGCUGGAGCGGCUCUGGGGAGGCCCCAUGCCACCUGCCCCCAGGACUCUCAUUGAGGAGCUCCCUGGCUGAACUGGGGAGCCUUUGUCAUGAAUAAAACUGCCUGGUAUGCCUCUUGGCAGUGCCCAUUUCUGAGUGACAACUGUUGCCCCACCCAACCUUAAAUUCUUGGGUCCACA